CCAAAUUCAGAGAUGACUUGCGUUUGCAUUUAGUUUUUUUGACAGUUGAGGUUAAGUGCAGAAGUGUUUACUCAAAUUAAUAAUUUUAAUCAAAGAAAAUUCAAAUUCUUUGAGAAAUGUCGACCUUAGAAGACAAAUCGAUUUGGGAAGACGGCGAGGAAGCGCUCGGCGAGGAGGUUUUAAGAAUGUCCACUGACGUUAUCAUAGGUCAUACGCGAUUGCUGGACAAUGAGAUCAAAAUAAUGAAGAGCGAAGUGAUGCGAAUAAACCACGAACUGCAAGCGCAAAACGAGAAGAUCAAAGAAAACACCGAGAAGAUAAAAGUGAACAAAACCUUGCCUUACUUGGUCUCGAACGUAAUUGAACUGUUGGACGUAGAUCCCCAGGAAGAGGAAGAGGACGGUGCUGUAGUUGAUUUGGAUUCUCAGAGAAAAGGGAAAUGCGCUGUAGUUAAAACGUCCACAAGACAGACCUAUUUCCUACCCGUGAUAGGGCUGGUCGAUGAGGAGAAACUGAAACCGGGAGAUCUAGUGGGAGUCAACAAAGACUCGUAUCUAAUUCUGGAAACAUUACCUGCAGAGUACGAUGCGAGAGUCAAGGCCAUGGAAGUCGAUGAAAGGCCUUCUGAACAGUAUUCCGAUAUCGGAGGUUUAGAUAAGCAAAUACAAGAACUUAUCGAGGCUGUUGUACUACCUAUGACUCAUAAAGACAAGUUCGUUAACUUGGGAAUUCAUCCUCCCAAAGGUGUUCUCCUUUACGGUCCCCCGGGUACCGGUAAAACCCUCCUAGCCAGAGCCUGCGCCGCCCAAACCAAAUCAACUUUCCUCAAACUGGCCGGUCCUCAGUUAGUCCAGAUGUUCAUAGGCGACGGCGCCAAGUUAGUCCGAGACGCCUUCGCCUUGGCCAAAGAGAAGGCACCCGCUAUAAUAUUCAUCGACGAGCUGGACGCCAUCGGUACGAAGCGAUUCGACUCGGAGAAAGCCGGAGACCGGGAGGUCCAACGAACCAUGUUGGAACUGCUCAACCAACUGGACGGCUUCAGCUCGACAUCCGACAUCAAAGUCAUAGCGGCUACGAAUCGCGUGGAUAUUCUGGAUCCCGCCCUGCUGCGGUCCGGAAGGUUGGACCGGAAGAUCGAGUUCCCGCAUCCCAACGAAGAGGCGCGGGCGAGAAUCAUGCAGAUUCACUCCAGGAAAAUGACGGUUAACCCGGACGUGAACUUCGAGGAAUUGGCCAGGUCUACUGAUGACUUCAAUGGGGCCCAGUGUAAGGCUGUGUGCGUCGAAGCUGGUAUGAUCGCUCUCAGACGUAACGCUACUGCUGUGACUCACGAGGACUACAUGGAUGCUAUUAUGGAAGUUCAAGCCAAGAAAAAGGCGAAUUUGAAUUAUUACGCCUAAUUAAAUCUAGUUUUUUUUUUAAUAAACAUUUCGUAAAGUUUUUUUUCGGUCAUUCUAUUAACAGUUUCUAUGAACAUUAUUUAUAUUAAUAAUUAAAACUAUAUUAAAAUUAAGUAUUGUAUGUGAUGUUUAUGUUAAUCUAGUAAUGAUGUCACUUUUACUUGAUCAUUAGCAGUACAAAAUAAAUGAUUUUUACUUAGGACGAAUGAAAAAAGUACAACCUUGCAAAUUGCAAAUUGUGAUGUCAUUGCUAGAUAAGCAUGAAUGUACUAUAUGUCUAUUAUUUAUGCUGAAAAAGCACAAAAUCGAUAAAAACUCAUAAUUAAGUAAAGAACUAGUGGAAGGUUACAAAUUAUUGUUCGAUUUGAGUAUAUUUUGGGAUGAAAGGGCGUGUUUAAAUAAAAUACAAUAAACUAAACGUAUCUGCAUAUAUUUAUA